CUGCGGCCAAGGGGUGCACCUUCACAGGGUGGAAGCAGCAGGAGAGGGAGGGGCUAAACCCUCAUCUACUCCGACCACGGCGAAGAAAAGCCGCCGUCCGAGGAUGAAGCUUUAAGGUCCGGUCCUCCCUGAAUUAGCAAAGGUCAGGACUAGACUCCCUCUUUCUAAGGAGCAUUCUCAGAUAUGGCGGAGGGGUUGACAGUUGGAAAUUGGUACGGUUCUACUAUUAUUCGUAAGUUGGUCGACGCCGCCCGCUCCAUUGAAGAGGCAGACCAUUUCGAUUCAAAGAUUCAGGUUAUGCUGCGUGAACUACAGUCUGCCCUUGGAGGCAGCCAAGCUUUGAUCAGUGAUCCUGAGAGAGGGCUGGCAAGUGACCCUGCCCAGUCCGUAUUGCUGGGGCAACUCAGAGAUGCUUGCUAUGAGGCGGACGACUUGCUGGACAAAUUUCACUUAAGAAUCCUUUCCACGAAGAUGAACCGUGACAAGAAGGUGCGGUGCAUUCCAUCCUGUUUUAUGUAUUUCAAGAAUUUAGUUUCGCUCCGUGAUGACCUUCAAAACUUAAAGAAUCUUGUGGGAGAACUUCAAGGAAUUUCUAAUGGUGUCAGGCGUAUUUACAUGUUAGUUGACAAAACUAAUGGGCGGAUAGGUUGUAGCAAAAAGCGGAUGGUCAACUUCGAGACGACGUCCAUUCCACCGGACAGAAUUAUUGGGCGUGAGAAGGAGAAAGAAGAGAUAGUAAGCAUAUUGUUGAGUUCAGGUGAUGGGGUCGAUGUCCUUCCAUUAGUAGGCAUGGGGGGGGUUGGCAAAACAACUCUUGCACAACUUGUUUACAACGACGAGAGAGUGAAGAUGCAUUUCGACGCAAGAGCCUGGUGUUAUGUAUCUGCUGAUUUUGACAUCGAAAGGAUUUCAAAGCAGCUUUUGUACUUCCUGUCAGAUGAUCUCUCCGAUACUAUUUCUGAUAUGGAAACCAGUUUUGUGAAACUUGAGCAUGCUAUGUCAAACAAGAAACUUUUUCUUGUCCUUGAUGAUGUGUGGGAUGACACACCUGACCACUGGGACAUGAUGCGCCACUUCUUAUUUGCACGCGGUGCAAGAGGGGGCAAGGUUUUGGUAACAACUCGAAGUGCACACGUUGCUGCUCUUAUGGGUACUAUCAGCCCUAUAAUGGUAGGAUGUCUAUCAGAGGAUGAGUGCUGGGCCCUUAUUCGGCGUUUAUCAUUUUGUUAUAAGAAUCUAGAGCAUGAGGAAUGGAAGAACUUGGAGCCUAUUGGUAUGCAAAUAUGUAGAAAGAUUGGAGGUUUGCCAUUAGCAGCAUUGUUGGUAGGGACUCUAUUACGAACCAACGAGGAUGAGAUGUCCUGGAGAAGAAUGUUGGAAGGUGAAGAAUGGUGGGAGAAAGGUAUUUCUCCAGGAGGGCUCUUGCCAACUCUCAUGUUGAGCUAUCAACACCUAAAUGAUGAUUUGAGACAAUGCUUUUCUUACUGUUCCAUUUUCCCUCGGGGAUACAUGUUCGAGAAACAUAAAUUAGUCCAGAUGUGGCUAGCACAGGGUUACAUUAAACUAGAUGACGGAGAGGAAAUGACAGUGACACUGGAGGAUGUUGGGAGCGGAUGGUUUGAUCAACUAAUGUAUAAGUCUUUCUUUCAACCUGCAGAGGAAAACAGAUAUGCAAUGCAUGAGUUGAUGCACGAUUUGGCAGCAUCUCUCUCUUUGGAUGAUUGCUUUGUAGUUGAAGAUGAGUCACGAGAUAUUCCAUGGACGGUUCGCCACUUCGGUGUUAGGACUGAUAAAUUGGAGGUGCUCAAGGAAAUGAUAAAAUAUAAAAGGUUGCGUACCCUUUUGUUCUUUGGCAAAUAUGAUUUGCAUGAAUUUUCUAGGGUUUUUGAAGACAUGUUCAUAUUUCUGAAGGACCUGCGGGUGCUGGACCUAUCUUCAACUCCCAUAAAAAAGCUACCAGAUUCUUUCGGUGGCUUAUUGCAUCUCCGGUACCUAGACAUUUCUAACACCAAAAUCAGACUGCUUCCUACAUCUUUUUCUAGGCUUCGCAAUCUGCAAGUGCUGGAUUUGCGAGGAUGCCACUUUCAGGAGUUACCGAAAGGCAUGAGCAAAUUAAUCAACCUGCGAUAUUUGUAUGGCGAUUCUGAAAUUGUUUCUCUAAUAGAGCGGAUUGGAGAACUAACUAAUCUCCAUUACAUAGAGGAAUUUCCUGUCAGACAGAAGAGGGGGCAUGGAAUAGGAGAGUUAGAAAACUUGAUGAAUCUUCGAAGGAUUUCAAUUAAGAAUCUUGAGAAUGUCAAAACUAAGGAGGAGGCCAAGAAGGCUAAGUUGAAGAAUAAAAAGAACCUCAAGGCAUUGCAGCUAGAAUGGAAAUGGAGUUCUCCAACAAGAAACCGGCCUGAUGGGCAGGAAGAGGUACUUGAAGGGCUCAAACCACAUUACAGCCUUAGGGAGCUCAGCAUUACGGGCUAUGAUGGCAUUUUCUACCCAUAUUGGAUGGCGGGGAAUCACUACCCUCUCAUCAAUCUGGUGCAUAUACAUCUCCGUCAUUGUCACAGGUGGGAAAACCUCCCAUCUUUUGGGCAACUUCCCUGCCUCAGGAUUCUGCAUUUUGAAAAUAUGCCUGCACUAACCCGAAUUGGUGAUCAGUUUUAUGGCAAUGUUGAUGUGGUCUUUCCAUCUCUGGAGCAGCUGACAUUUCUGGAGUUGAAGAAUUUGAGGGAGUGGUCAGAAAUAGAUAGUCAUCAGUCCUUUCCGCGCCUCCGUAAAAUUCAGAUUAAGGACUGCCGCAGCCUAACAAAAUGUCCCUUCCUCUCUAUUCACUCAUCAGUUGAAGAGCUUGUAAUCAACAACUGUGGUGACCUCGGCAUUGCACUGCCUGGAUGUCUACAAAGCUUCACCUCUCUGACUCUCCUAAUGAUAUCUCAUUACCACCACAAAACAUAUAUUAGUUUGUCCAACAUCAAAGCACUUGAGAAAUUGCACCUUGAAGACUGCCCAGAGCUGAGAAUGCCAGGUGGGCUUCACUCUCUUGCUAACCUGAAGAAGCUACAUAUUGAAGGAUGUCCCAUGUUGAAUGUGUCCUCACUGCCUAAGCAACCAGAUAUGGAGAAGGGCUUGCAAUCUCUCACUGAUGUCUGCAUGGAUGACAGUAUCCUACUUAAUGACGGAUGGGCUCUUUUAGGAAGCCUCCCUUCACUCAGGAUUUUGAAUUUCCAGCACUUUAACCAUCUUGGUUACUUUAGCAAGGAGCAGGAGUUGUGGUUUCAUCAACUAACCUCCAUCCAAGAGCUGGGGAUAUCCAACUGUCGCAGUUUGGAGCACCUGCCUGCUGACUUGUCUACGCUUUUAUCCCUUAAGAAACUGAGUAUAACAAACUGUCCCAAGAUUAUGUCACUUCCAGAGAAUGGCUUGCCUAUUUCACUCAAAGACUUGCAGAUCUCAGGAUGCCCAGCAUUGGAAGAGCGGUGCUCAAAGGUUGGACCUGAUCGGAUAAAGAUUGCUCACAUCCCUCGUGUACGUGUCACAGAUGCCGUGACAAUGAAAACCUGACACUUGACAACUACUCCGAUGCUUUUGGAGUUUCUUCGUGUUUUUACAAUAUCAGCGCACGUCACUGGUAUGCAUAAAUCUAAUUUUUGGCAAGUUUAUGGCUUGUGGGACAACUUGAGCUUGAUCUCUUGUCAUAGUUGUUUAUUAGCAAUUGAUGUGCCAGGCCACAAUUGUCAGGGCUUUGUUGGAAAUUUGGAAGGAGAGGAAUUUGAGAAUUCUCACUGAAGACUUUGCUUGCUUGUUUUCGGGCUCGAGCUCCAUGGAGGCUGUUUGUCCUUUUGGCAGGGUGCCUAUCUGAGACCCAAGGAGAAAGUUGUGUUUCUUACUGGGGUUUUUGAUCCCAACACAAUGUAGGUAGGAGGACAAGUGUUGGCUAUUUAGGGUCGCCUGGGUCCGGUGCGGCCUUUUCUUUCUUUUUUUUUUUUUUUUGUGUUGUAUAAAGGAGAGAUUGCAUCUGUUGUUUUGUAAUUGGUCAGGCUUGUCCGGUAGCUCCCUCGUCAAAAAGGGUUACUGCUUUAUUUUCUUUCGCCUUUCCUAAAUGAAACCGGAGUAUUCUUUAUCAAUACUCUAGAGUGUGGGUGCCAUGAAUUUCAAUUUGUCAUGUAAGGAAAUGUAAUUUGGUUGGCCGAUAUCA